AUGAUCCCCGUGUAUGAGAGUAAGGAUAUUGGCUCCUUUAUCAGCACUACGGACGCAAGGAGCGGAGGUUACAAUCCCGUUGUCCACUGCCAAGGGACGGAAAUGAUCGGUGUAUUUCAAAAGGCAGUCAUCCGUUUGUGUAAUGAAUCUGGCCACAAUGAUCCUAGACCAAUGUUGGCGGGCAUUGACCAAGGCCACAGCGUGGUUCAACAAUACUUCAGCGGCCGGAUUCGCUCCACGCAUUGGCUCAAGUUCACUAGUUUAAGUAAAUAUGAGAUAACCAUUGUUUCGCGCCACUUUACCAGCCAGACGUCGAACGAAGAUUUGUGGUGGGCGUUACGAGGCGGCGGUUUCAACUUUGGAAUUGUAACAAGGUUUGAUGUCGAAACCGUUGGCAAUGGUGAAAUAUGGUUCGGGGGGUUGCUAUUCGACGUUUCCCAGUCCGAAAGCCUCAUAGAGGCAGCCGUCGAUUUCAUAGUAGCUGCUGAGAACGACUCUGAUACCUCAGCUGUCUACAAUUUAGGACAACCGGUGUUGCUGUAUAUCUAG